AUGUCUUCUGCAAACGACAAAGCUCUUCAGCUGCGAAACCUGCAUGUUCCAGGGAAGCCUCUGGUCUUCGCCAACGUUUACGAUGCUUCUACUGCCCGCAUAGUGGCUUCCAACCCUGCUUCCACUGCUCUAGCAACAGCAAGCUAUGCUGUAGCUGCUGUCCAUGGCAUGAGCGAUGAUGACCUGGACCUCGAGACAAACAUCGCGUCGGCUCGUCGAAUUGCCUCUAUCGCUGCCGAAUUCAACAAACCCCUUUCCGUUGACAUGCAAGACGGGUACGGCUCCCGCCUGGAAGAGUCUAUCGAAUCAAUCAUUGCAGCCGGUGCUUCAGGUUGCAACUUGGAAGACAAAGACAACGAGACUGGCAAGCUAUUCCCUCUGGAUGUCGCCGUUGACCGUGUCCGCCGUGUCAUGGCUACUGCUGCCAAGGCAGGAGUUCCGAACUUUGUCCUUAAUGCACGCACCGACGCCGUUCUAUUGAACAAAGAUCUUGAAGAUGCCAUUGUAAGAGCAAAAGCUUUCCUCGAGGCCGGUGCCACUACUGCUUUCGUUUGGGGUGGACUGUCCCGCGCAGACGUUGAGAGGCUCACGAAGGAGCUUGGUGGAAUGUUGAAUGUUAGCCUUUUGCCAGGUGGAUUGACGGUCCAGGAAUUGGCAGAUAUCGGGGUUGCGAGAAUCAGUAUCGGCCCACGGAUGUGGCGGCUAGCAAUGAACACGGUUGAGGAGCAGUCAAAGAAGCUGUUGGAUGAUUAUGCCACCAUGCGAGCCAAAUAG